UGACAUCUUGGGGGCGGGCCGUGGAUUCGGAUAGACGCUACAGGGCGAUGAGCGGUGAAGGAAAUGACAGACCUGGAGGAAGCAGUACGGAGGCUGAGACUAAAGUGCCGCGUCCGGGGUAUGAUGACUUCUGAUGUAUGCAAUGUCUCUAAAUACCGUCAAGCUGGUGGUGACGGGAGAUGACUUUGGUUAUUGUCCUCGCAGAGAUGUUGGCAUCGUAGAGUGCUUCCAGGCGGGAGCCAUCUCUAAUGUGUCUUUGCUGGUAAAUGGAAACUCAGCAGCUAGUGCAGCUAACCUAGCAAAUAGAUAUAAUAUACCGAUUGGUCUGCAUGCAAAUCUCUCAGAAGGAAUCCCAGUAUGUGGAGAUCUUCAGCACAACUCCACCCUUAUCAGUGCACAGGGGUUCUUUCAUGGUAAGAUGGGCAUCCGAAAAGCACUAGCGCAAGGUCUUCUCAACAUGGCAGAGGUUCGCCAGGAGCUGUGUGCUCAAGUCAGACGGUUUCGGGAGUUGACAGGACAGAAUCCUCAGCAUAUGGAUGGACAUCAGCAUGUUCAUGUGUUACCAAGAAUCAGAGAAGUGUUUGCACAAGUGCUGAAUGAACAUGGAAUCGCCUAUACUCGUGUCCCUGUGGAAGUAGGUCUAAAUAAAUGUGACUGGAUUCAGGGAGAACUAAUGGAGUUUUACAGAGGGGUGGAGAAUGAUGCCUUAAACACUGUGGAAGUUUUCAAGAACCAUGACAUCCGGUGGCCAGACAUCUAUAUUGGUCUUAGCACAAUGGGAAAGAAUAUGACAAUAAGUAACAUCCAGCAAGGCCUGGACUAUAGUAUUCAGUCUCUUCAUAGCUGCCAAUCCCCACACAGCCCACUGUGUAGUCCACAUUCACGUACCAGUAUCACCAUUGAACUCAUGACUCAUCCUGGAUACCCCAGUGUCCCCCCAGUAGGAGGCUGUGGAGAAGGCCCAGAUGACUUUUCUCAGUCAUGGGAGCGUCUGCAUGAAAUGGAAGUCUUGAAAAAUCCCCUACUGCACAAUUAUUACAGUGAGAUGGGGAUACAGUUGUGCUCAUUUAAGGACCUGUAGUUUUGGAGAGACAAUAGGUUGGUGAUGUACUGUGACAUACUGCACCCUAUGGUGACCGAUGGUAUGAAAGUAAAGCAAGAAUGAAAUGGAGCUGCAGUAUAAGCACUUUAAUUUUCAUAAUUUGUCUUCAUAAAUAUAAGUGCGGCCAAGGCAUUUAGGCUCCAGGUACACAGACCCUUUCAUGCAUCCAAUUUAAAUGACAGAUUUACUUCAGAACUGGGAGAAACCGCUGCAGUUAUAGCCACCCAUAGUAAUGAAUGGCUAUAUGCUAACUGUACGGGGUAUAUGCCAUGCUUGGGCUAAGCUCAUGCAUGGGUGUAAAUCCCUGAACACACAACUUGUGUUCAGAGAUUUUACGCCAUUUGUGUUUUUUUUUUUUUUUUUUUUGCAAGCAGUUAACUUGUGUGUGAGAGUAUGGUAGCAUGGUGAAUGCUAGUGUACUACCAUUGAUAUCUAUAGGGGGCAGUACGCUGUAGCUGCCUCUUCCUGGGCAUGGAAAUGCACGCACAUAUUACACUGGAUGCCUGAAAGCAUUUGUUUGGAUGAGGCCUUAGGUAAACACUAUUCUUUUAAAAGACCUCAAACUACCUCUGCUGGUCAGGUAUGUAUAUUAGCAAACAUAACUGGUGAUACAACAAUUUCUGUAAAAACAUUGUAUUAAAAUCGGUUUCAAAUAAUUGAAUAUUUAUGUUUGUAACUGCUUUAUUUGGCAGUUUCUUUGCCCUAUAACAUCCGCAAUCCACAUUGACCCUCUGAAGUAUUGUAUGUACGGUACAUAAAGUAUGAACGAGUAAAGAAUUAAAAUUUACCACCACAUUCUCCCUAGCAGAGGUGUACUGACAGCCAGUAUGCAGUUCUGACUAGAUUUCCUUACUAUUCUAUUCAAGUACACUAUUGUUGUUGAUCCUUUUUAUGUUCUUUGCAGCAUACACAAACUUAUAUUGAAUUUAUUUUUUAACUGUAUCAGUAUUUUUAGUCAUAUUUGGGAGUGUUUGUUUUAAAAUUUUCAGGCACAUUUGUUUGCUUUAUUUUCCUGAUCCCAAACCCUGUCAAAUAACUGAAGAGUCAAUGCAAAAUGUUCAUGUAGUUGGCUCAUAAGAUAUGAUAAAAAUGCUGAUAUAA